CUUCCAAGUAUCCCAUACCCCCAUCAUCUCCUCUCAUAUUCCCAUUACUAUAUAAAGAGUCAUCGUUCUGUACUUAUGAAACAUACAAGUAGAUCUCUUUCCUCCUGAUCAGAUCUUCAAAACCAACUGAAUAAACUAAUUAAGUUGGUUUUUUAAUUUAGGAUAUUCAUUUUUCAACAUAUGGGCUGCUUGAACUUUGUCAAAGAUGGAGUAAUCAAGCUUCCUCCUGGUUUCCGAUUUCAGCCAACGGAUGAAGAGAUUGUCUUCCAAUAUUUGUUGAGGAAAACAUUUUCUUGCCCUUUGCCAGCUUCCAUCAUUCCUGAACUCAAUAUCUCCAAUCAUAACCCUUGGGAUUUGCCAGGUGAUCAAGAUCAGUCUAGAUAUUUCUUCUACAACAAGGAAGCGAAAUACCCGGCCGGGAAUCGGAUAAAUAGGGUGACUGAAGCUGGUUACUGGAAGGCUACCAGCGUCGAGAAGCAAAUAGUGUCGUCUAAAAGGAAACCGCUUGUUGGAUUAAGGAAGACUUUGGUGUUCUAUGUUGGGAAACCUCAGCGUGGGAUUAAAACUGAUUGGAUCAUGCAUGAAUAUCGUAUCAUCCUCACCGGAAAAGCAGCAGCUUCUUGUUCUCAACUAACAACAAAAUUUCCCCACCAGAGAUCCUCGAUUCAGUUGGGCAAUUGGGUUUUAUGCCACGUUUUUUUGAGAAAAGGAAGCCCCAAUAAUUAUUGCAAUUCUUACAACAAUUUUGGUGAUCGGAAUAUAGCAAAAUUUGGCCUGCCGGCGGCAAGAAUAUUAGAUAGUAGUAUUGGUAGUGAAAUAGGGUCAAUUAGCUCAUCCUCGGAUUCAAGUGUUGUCACUGACGAGGGUGGUUCUAGUUCGUUUGAUGAUGAUGAUGAUACUUGUAGUCACAAUGCAUAAGUUUCUUUUUUACUAUUUUUAUCUUAUUUUGAUCAUCACUAAUAUUAUUCCUUUAUUCAGUGGAAUAAAGUAGUGAUUUUUUUAUUUUUUUUUUUUGGCAAACGAAUAAAGAUUUGUUAUGGACACCUCUAGUUUCACCCCUCCAUCUCCACCGAUAAUGAAAGCCCCAACAUCCUAAUACAAGUUCAACUGAAGCCCCCAAUUUUUCAAGGAUUUGAAGAUUUCUUUAAUUAGUUACAAACUUACGAUUGGG